CAUAUACAUGUAGUUGUAGGAAAAUCAAAAUAUCGAGGCACAGUCUUAUUGCCGCAGCAAAAUACUCAUGUUUUUAGUUGUGCGGUUGUUUUUUUGUUCGGUAAAGUUAACUUCGGUAUAGUUUAAUUCAUUUUACUUUGAAUCCCAUGGACGUGCUAUCUGCCAUACCAUUAUAUAAUAAUGAUGCAAAGGAGACAUAUAUCGUAGUCUGAGAGUAUUAACUGAAAGGAAUCAAAGAAUGGCUUCUGGACCAGACCCUGGCGGCCGUUCCAGGUUUGCUAAACUCGGAAUGGCAAUUAACGAAGAAUUGACCCAGGCCUCUAGAGAUGUCUUUGAAAUGGAGGUACCUCCUGGUCUUGUUUACAACAAAGUGAAGGCAUCAUCGAUUUAUAAAAACAUACGUCCCGAGCAAGAACGUCGUCUUAUAGGCGCAAAAACUAAUGGUUAUAAAGAAUUUGAUAUUACGUUGUUAUAUACACUGAUAAGAAAUAUAUGUACAAAGAUUCCUUGUCCAACAAAAGGUUGGGGUGGAAACACGAUGCCGUCAGUAGGAGAAAUAACUAUCGGCGAUGACGUAGAAAGGAUCAGGAUGAUAAGAAACAGCAUGUUUGGACACAUUAGCUCGGCUUCUACCUCACAGACAGAUUUUGACGACACGUGGUCAAUCAUAACUGAUAUCUGCCAAAGACUGCAAACGUACACAAACAAAGACUACAUGUCUGGACUGAGUAAUAUUCAAUAUCAGGCUUUAGAAGAGGAGUACGAAAUAACAGUCUUAAAAAAACUUAGGGAAGAUUACAAGAAUAACCAAUCUCUAAUGGAAAAGUUAUCUUCUGUGGAAAAGGAUUUGCAGGAAUUGAAAAGAAAAUCUGAAGACAAAGAAAACACUCUGGUAAAAGAGAUUCUGGACAAUUGGCGAGAAGACGACAUUGCCUUCAUUCCUACAAGAGCAAGUGAAGCGGUUCAAGAAAAGCUUAAAAGCCUCAACCUAAUCACAGUUGUUGGAAAUUCUGGAUCUGGAAAAUCUGCAAUAAUUCAACAUAUUGCACUUAUUCUCAAAGAGCAGGGAUGGGAUGUCCUACCGGUGGAUAAGGUGGAAGAAAUUAAAAAGAUCUGUUCAACUGGAGUCUCAGAAAAUCGCAUAUUAUUUGUAUUCAAUGAUCCUUUAGGUAAGGAAUCGUUAGAUGAAAUUUUAUAUCAUUCAUGGAAAUGUUUAGAGAAAACGCUGGAAAUUUGCUUGAAGAAGAAUAAAUUGUUGAUAUCAUGUAGAAGAUGUGUCUUUUAUGACAAAAGAGUCAAGGGUAACUUAUUGGACGAAUCUACUGCAGUAGAAAUUGACAGCGAAAAAAAUGGACUGACUGUUAAAGAGAAAAGAGCGAUUUUCAAUCAGUAUUCACAGAAUCUUCAUUUAUCCGAGGAGGUUGUUACUGAAAUAAUUAAAAACGAAGCUUACUUCCCAUUGCUUUGUAAGCUUUAUUCAAGGGAGGCGAACUACAAAGAAAAGGGGGUCGAUUUCUUUAAAAAUCCGUACAAAUUUAUUAAAAAGGAAAUUGAAGUUUGGAAGAAAACAGACAAGAAAAGAUUUUGCUCACUUAUCUUGAUAGUGGCUUUUAAAAACAAUUUGAAAAUCGAUGCUAUUGUAAAAAAUGAUAUUUCUUUGAUGAAAUUCAAAGAAAUUUUAGGUAUGUGUGAGUUACAAGAAAACACACAUAUUUCAGUCAUUCGUAGUACUCUACAUGAAUUGAAAGGAUCUUAUGUCAAACGUGUCGGAAAUGCUUUCCAAUUCCUUCACGACUUUAUUAUGGAGAUAACGACUCUGGUGUUUGGUGUUGAUUGUCCACAAGAGACAAUACAGUACGCAGACAGUGGUUUUCUGAGACGUCGGGUAAGGAUAGAAGACGAUACAGAAGAGGAAGAUCGCGAUCCCUUCACUGUUUACCUUCCUGAAGAGUACAUUGAUGAUCUUGUGGACAGGUUAAUCAUUGACAUGCAAACAGAACAUAUUGUAGAUGUUCUACUCAAUCCAUGCUUAAGGAAAGAGAGUGUGAUCAAUUCUUUUAAGGAAAAAGUGGAUUCGUCCGAAAAGCUUCUUGUAAAAAUUAAAUGUGAAGUAGACAAAACGGAAUUUCAAAAAUUAUUUGAAAGAUCUUUUUUCACAAGACUUGAUUUCCUUUAUUCAUUUAAAAGUGAAAUAUGUCCUUUAGUCGGAUUUAUUGUAUUUUGUCAUACUGAUAUUUCUUUAUUUUUCAUGAAAAGUAUACCUGAAACAAAGUUGAAAGAACAUCCUAUAUUUUCUGCUAUAUGUGCGAAUGGUGAUUUAAACCUAUUAAAUUCUCUCAGUGAAGAAUAUAAAAAAUCAGGAAUGAUGGAAAUAUGGGAUGACCUUUUACCAAUUCAUGUUGCUUCGAUUUUUCAUAAUUUUUCAAUACUUGAAGAGUUAGUAAGACUUGGUGCUGACGUUAACAAGUUAACAAAAGGUUGGUGGAGUCCGUUAUCUCUCGCUGCUGCAAAUGAUGAAGAUCAUAUCAAAGAGGCCGGAAUCGAAACAAAAACUGGAGAGAGACGUAAGAACACAAUUAUUUGCUUAUUGAACAACGGUGAUGAAAUCAAUUCAUAUGAUACUGAGAAUAGAGACAGUCCUCUUUCUAUGGCUUGUUAUAGGGGACGUGAUAGCACGGUACAACUGUUACUGAACAACGGUGCCGACAUCAAUUUAUGUAAUAAUAAUGGAACCAGUCCUCUUUAUAUAGCUUGUCAAAAUGGACAUGAUAGCACGGUACAACUGUUACUGAACAACGGUGCCGACAUCAAUUUAUGUGAGAAGAAUGGAGCCAGUCCUCUUUAUAUAGCUUGUCAAAAUGGACAUGAUAGCACGGUACAACUGUUACUGAACAACGGUGCCGGCAUCAAUUUAUGUGAUAAUGAUGGACACAGUCCUCUUUAUAUAGCUUGUCAAAAUGGACAUGAUAGCACGGUACAACUGUUACUGAACAACGGUGCCGACAUCAAUUUAUGUGAUAAUGAUGGAGACAGUCCUCUUUAUAUAGCUUGUCAAAAUGGACAUGAUAGCACGGUACAACUGUUACUGAACAACGGUGCCGACAUCAAUUUAUGUGAUAAUGAUGGAACCAGUCCUCUUUAUAUAGCUUGUCAAAAUGGACAUGAUAGCACGGUACAACUGUUACUGAACAACGGUGCCGACAUCCAUUUAUGUGAGAAGAAUGGAUUCAGUCCUCUUUAUAUAGCUUGUCAAAAUGGACAUGAUAGCACGGUACAACUGUUACUGAACAACGGUGCCGACAUCAAUUUAUGUAAUAAUGAUGGAUGCAGUCCUCUUUAUAUAGCUUGUCAAAAUGGACAUGAUAGCACGGUACAACUGUUACUGAACAACGGUGCCGACAUCAAUUUAUGUGAGAAGAAUGGAUUCAGUCCUCUUUAUAUAGCUUGUCAAAAUGGACAUGAUAGCACGGUACAACUGUUACUGAACAAUGGUGCCGACAUCAAUUUACGUAAUAAGAAUGGAGCCAGUCCUCUUUUUAUAGCUUGUCAAAAUGGACAUGAUAGCACGGUACAGCUGUUACUGAGCAACGGUGCCGACAUCAAUUUAUGUGAGAAGAAUGGAGCCAGUCCUCUUUAUAUAGCUUGUCAAAAUGGACAUGAUAGCACGGUACAACUGUUACUGAACAACGGUGCUGAAAUAAAUUUAUGUGAGAAGAAUGGAGUCAGUCCUCUUAAUAUAGCUUGUCAAAAUGGACAUGAUAGCACGGUACAACUGUUACUGAACAACGGUGCCGACAUCAAUUUAUGUGAGAAGAAUGGAGCCAGUCCUCUUUAUAUAGCUUGUCAAAAUGGACAUGAUAGCACGGUACAACUGUUACUGAACAACGGUGCCGACAUCAAUUUAUGUGAGAAGAAUGGAGCAAGUCCUCUUUAUAUAGCUUGUCAAAAUGGACAUGAUAGCACGGUACAACUGUUACUGAACAACGGUGCCGACAUCAAUUUAUGUGAGAAGAAUGGAGUCAGUCCUCUUUAUAUAGCUUGUCAAAAUGGACAUGAUAGCACGGUACAACUGUUACUGAACAACGGUGCCGACAUCAAUUUAUGUGAGAAGAAUGGAGCCAGUCCUCUUUAUAUAGCUUGUCAAAAUGGACAUGAUAGCACGGUACAACUGUUACUGAACAACGGUGCCGACAUCAAUUUAUGUGAGAAGAAUGGAGCCAGUCCUCUUUAUAUAGCUUGUCAAAAUGGACAUGAUAGCACGGUAAAACUGUUACUGAACAACGGUGCCGACAUCAAUUGAUAUGAAAAGAAUGGAGCCAGUCCUCUUUAUAUAGCUUGUCAUAAUGGACAUGAUAACACGGUACAACUGUUACUGAACAACGGUGCCGACAUCAAUUUAUAUGAUAAAGAUGGAUUCAGUCCUCUUUAUAUAGCUUGUCAAAAUGGACAUGAUAGCACGGUACAACUGUUACUGAACAACGGUGCCGACAUCAAUUUAUGUAAGAAGAAUGGAGCCAGUCCUCUUUAUAUAGCUUGUCAAAAUGGACAUGAUAGCACGGUACAACUGUUACUGAACAACGGUGCCGACAACAAUUUACGUAAUAAGAAUGGAGCCAGUCCUCUUUAUAUAGCUUGUCAAAAUGGACAUGAUAGCACGGUACAACUGUUACUGAACAACGGUGCCGACAUCAAUUUAUGUAAGAAGAAUGGAGCCAGUCCUCUUUAUAUAGCUUGUCAAAAUGGACAUGAUAGCACGGUACAACUGUUACUGAACAACGGUGCCGACAUCAAUUUAUGUGAUAAUGAUGGAUUCAGUCCUCUUUAUAUAGCUUGUCAAAAUGGACAUGAUAGCACGGUACAACUGUUACUGAACAACGGUGCCGACAUCAAUUUAUGUGAGAAGAAUGGAGCCAGUCCUCUUUAUGUAGCUUGUCAAAAUGGACAUGAUAGCACGGUACAACGGUUACUGAACAACGGUGCCGACAUCAAUGUAUGUAAUGCGAAUGGGGCCAGUCCUCUUUAUAUAGCUUGUCAAAAUGGACAUGAUAGCACGGUACAACUGUUACUGAACAACGGUGCCGACAUCAAUUUAUGUGAUAACGAUGGAUUCAGUCCUCUUUAUAUAGCUUGUCAAAAUGGACAUGAUAGCACGGUACAACUGUUACUGAACAACGGUGCCGACAUCAAUUUAUGUGAUAAGAAUGGAGCCAGUCCUCUUUAUAUAGCUUGUCAAAAUGGACAUGAUAGCACGGUACAACUGUUACUGAACAACGGUGCCGACAUCAAUUUAUGUGAGAAGAAUGGAGCCAGUCCUCUUUAUGUAGCUUGUCAAAAUGGACAUGAUAGCACGGUACAACUGUUACUGAACAACGGUGCCGACAUCAAUUUAUGUGAGAAGAAUGGAGCCAGUCCUCUUUAUAUAGCUUGUCAAAAUGGACAUGAUAGCACGGUACAACUGUUACUGAACAACGGUGCCGACAUCAAUGUAUGUAAAACGAAUGAUGGAACCAGUCCUCUUUAUAUAGCUUGUGAAAAUGGACAUGAUAGCACGGUACAACUGUUACUGAACAAUGGUGCCGACAUCAAUUUAUGUAAGAAGGUUGGGAUCAGUCCUCUUAAUAUAGCUUGUCAUAAUGGACAUGAUAGCACGGUACAACUGUUACUGAACAACGGUGCCGACAUCAAUUUAUGUGAUAAGAAUGGAUUCAGUCCUCUUUAUAUAGCUUGUCAAAAUGGACAUGAUAGCACGGUACAACUGUUACUGAACAACGGUGCCGACAUCAAUUUAUGUGAGAAGAAUGGAGCCAGUCCUCUUUAUAUAGCUUGUCAAAAUGGACAUGAUAGCACGGUACAACUGUUACUGAACAACGGUGCCGACAUCAAUUUAUGUGAUAAAAAUGGAGCCAGUCCUCUUUAUAUAGCUUGUCACAAUGGACAUGAUAGCACGGUACAACUGUUACUGAACAACGGUGCCGACAUCAAUUUAUGUGAUAACGAUGGAUUCAGUCCUCUUUAUAUAGCUUGUCAAAAUGGACAUGAUAGCACGGUACAACUGUUACUGAACAACGGUGCCGACAUCAAUUUAUGUGAGAAGAAUGGAGCCAGUCCUCUUUAUAUAGCUUGUCAAAAUGGACAUGAUAGCACGGUACAACUGUUACUGAACAACGGUGCCGACAUCAAUUUAUGUGAGAAGAAUGGAGCCAGUCCUCUUUAUAUAGCUUGUCAAAAUGGACAUGAUAGCACGGUACAACUGUUACUGAACAACGGUGCCGACAUCAAUUUAUGUGAUAAUGAUGGAUUCAGUCCUCUUUAUAUAGCUUGUCAAAAUGGACAUGAUAGCACGGUACAACUGUUACUGAACAACGGUGCCGACAUCAAUUCAUUUGAAAAUGAUGGAGCCAGUCCUCUUUAUAUAGCUUGUCAAAAUGGACAUGAUAGCACGGUACAACUGUUACUGAACAACGGUGCCGACAUCAAUUUAUGUGAUAAUGAUGGAACCAGUCCUCUUUAUAUAGCUUGUCAAAAUGGACAUGAUAGCACGGUACAACUGUUACUGAACAACGGUGCCGACAUCAAUUUAUGUGAGAAGAAUGGAGCCAGUCCUCUUUAUAUAGCUUGUCAAAAUGGACAUGAUAGCACGGUACAACUGUUACUGAACAACGGUGCCGACAUCAAUUUAUGUGAUAACGAUGGAGCCAGUCCUCUUUAUAUAGCUUGUCAAAAUGGACAUGAUAGCACGGUACAACUGUUACUGAACAACGGUGCCGACAUCAAUUUAUGUGAAAGAAUGGACAGUCCUCUUCAUAUAGCUUGUCAUAAUGGACAUGAUAGCACGGUACAACUGUUACUGAACAACGGUGCCGACAUCAAUUUAUGUGAGAAGAAUGGAGCCAGUCCUCUUUAUAUAGCUUGUCAAAAUGGACAUAAUAGCACGGUACAACUGUUACUGAACAACGGUGCCGACAUCAAUCUAUGUGAUGACGAUGGAUUCAGUCCUCUUUAUGUAGCUUGUCAUAAUGGACAUGAUAGCACGGUACAACUGUUACUGAACAACGGUGCCGACAUCAAUUUAUGUAAUAAUAAUGGAACCAGUCCUCUUUAUAUAGCUUGUCAAAAUGGACAUGAUAGCACGGUACAACUGUUACUGAACAACGGUGCCGACAUCAAUUUAUGUGAUAAUAAUGGAGAUUCUGAUAAGCAGCCGAACUGAUAAGACGUGUUUUUGGGUAGCUCUGAUCUCACCUGUUGUCUUUGUUAAAUUACCAUGUGUGAUUCUGUUAAGUUUCCCUAGCCAAAAU